AGGCAGCAAAAAAAAAAAAAAAAAAAAAAUCUCAAGCAGCGUUUUCAAUAUGCAAAACGAAUCUCAUUGCAACAAUCUGUAGCUGUGCGCAGAGUGCGAGGUGGCGUUUCAUUUGUUUACUGCGCCUUGCCGUUGUCAUGCAUUUUGUCACACAACAGCGGCAGCAACAACAACAACAACAACAACAACAACAGCAACAACAACAACAGAAAUCAACAGCAGCAGCAACAGCAACAACAACACGCUUUGUGUCCCUUUGCAAAUCUUCUAGCCAAGGCGCUCUGCCCAAAACCUUGGCCACCGCGCAAAGUCUGCUCAAGCAAUCCUCACAACAACAACAACAACAACAACAACAACCGCAACAACAAAGGCAUAAACGCGCCGCUAGCCUCAAUCUGCACGCCACGCCCAUGAUUAAAGAUAUUGAAAUAAACACAACAACAACAACAACAACAGCAGCAGCAGCAGCAGCAGCAACAACAGCUGCAGCUGCAGCAGCAGCAGCAGCAGCAGUUGAAGCAACUGCUACUGCUGCGUGCAGCAUUGAGCCUACCCAUGCCACAAACAUGAUUUGUGAUGCAAAAGAAGAACAGCAGCAACAGCAGCAGCAGCAACAGCAACUGCAGCAACAGCAACAGCAACCUGAACUGCAGCAGCAGCAAUCACUGGAACAGCAGCAGCAGCAGCAGCUGGAAGCUGAGCCGGAUGAGAAAUGUACACAAAGUAUACACAAUAAUGGCGACAGGCGCGAUUCGAUCAGCGAUGACAACACAAUCAACAGCAGCACAUUAAACAGCAAACUAUUGACCAUACAGGAGGCCGCCGGCACCAUCGAGCGCAGCAGCAUUUCGCUAGCCACAGCCUUGACUACGGCACAGACCACUUCCGUUUCCGUUUGCACAGCAUCCGUCAUCUGUCAUGAGGCGCUCAGCAGCGUCAGCGGCGGCGGCGGCGGUGGCGUCGCCAGCAUCAGCAGCAGCAGCAGCAGCAGUAACAGCGGCAGCCAUCACAACGUAGCGCCCGGCAGCAGCAUACACAGCAGUCCACAGGCGAACACGCCCAGCAUAAGCAUCGCUGCAGCCGAGUCCAAGGACCAAUCGCAGCCGGCGCAAUCGCAUAGCGUUGAUUCGAAUGGUCAGCCGAGCGGCUCCUGCACGGACAGUCCCAGCAGUCGCAAGAGCUCAACUAGCUCCAAGGGCAAACCAGCCAAGUUAUCCACGUCGAGCAGUGGACGCGAUGAGGAUGCACAGGGCAAACUAAGCGAAUCCGCGAGCACCGACAGCGUUCUAUUACGCGGAGAUAACAACAGCACCACAUCUAAUGAGAAGCCCAGCAAGGGCACUUCCCGACUCUCCGAGCGCGCCAAGAAGAAGUCCUGGUACAACGUCAUCUAUCCGAAUUAUAAAUCACGCGCCGAGGACUUCAAAAAACUGUUCAAAGAUGUGCCCAACGAUGAGCGUCUAAUUGUGGACUACUCGUGCGCGCUGCAACGGGAUAUAUUGGUGCAGGGUCGUUUGUACGUGUCCCAGAAUUAUGUGUGUUUCCAUGCGAACAUCUUUAGCUGGGAAACGUAUGUGAGCAUCAAAUGGAAGGAUGUGACAGCAAUUACGAAAGAGAAAACAGCGCUCGUGAUACCGAAUGCGAUUACAAUAUCUACCGCCAGGGAGAAGUAUUUUUUUGCGACAUUCGCGUCGCGUGACAAGUCGUAUUUGAUGCUCUUUCGUGUCUGGCAGAACACAUUGUUGAACAAACAGUUCUCACAGCAGGAGAUCUGGCGUUACGUGCACAAUUGCUACGGCGAUGAAUUGGGCCUGACCACAGACGAUGAGGACUAUAUAGAUCCCACGCUGGACGCGGCCGAUACAGAAACCGAUGGUGACUUUCAAACGGCCCUUGACGAUCUCGGCGGCGAUCAGAGCAAUUCCAGUCAGUGCACCAACAAUUCGGGCCAGCAGCAGCAGCAGCAGCAGCUGCAGCAACAGAGCGGCAACAGCAGCGCCAGCAGCGGCGGCGGCAGCGCAGCAGCUGUACGCAAAUCGAAGACGAAAUAUUUCUUUAACUCAAGCAAAUCGUCAAAUUUAAACUCAUCGGCCAACGCAUCGGCCAGUGGCUCGGAUAAUAAAGCCAGCGACAAUACGCGUAAAUCAAAUAAGAAAAUGAAGGCCAAUGCCAAAGAGCUGACACUCAGCUCCGUCAAGGCAACGGAGCAAUCGGUGGCCGUCACACUCAGCGUGCCCAGCACCAACAGCGGCCCAACCACCGCCACCAACACCAACAGCAACAGCAACACCACCAAUACAAACACCACCAGCAGCAGCACCACAGCCACUGCCACCACCACCAGCAGCAGCAGCAACAACAACAACAACAGCAGCAGCAACAGCAGCUCAGCGAUGGCCACCACAACGGCAACAACCACUACAGCCAGUGGUGGCAUUGUCGGUGGUGCUGGCGGCGACAGAAGAGCCGAAAAGAUCAACAGCAGCAGUGCGGCAAACGCAACUGCAGCCGAACCCCAGAGUCAUGGCUCCGAUGUCAAGCGCAAAGUUGGCAAAAAUCAGCGACAACGCGAUGAUUUGGCGGCCAAAAAUGCCGAGGCUGGGCCCACAGAUGUCUCGGACUCUUCCGAUUCCGAGGAGAACAAUGUGCCCUUUGUGCCGAGUACGGAGUGCACAUCGACGCACGAGGGCCGCCAAAUAGUGCACACAAUUCUGCCCAUACGCGUGGAUACUCUGUUCAAUUUUCUGUUCUCAAAGUCGAAAUUCCUAACGGACUUUCACGAGCUGCGCAAAUCGACCGAUCUGUCCAUGGGCGAGUGGCAUAAAAAUGAUGAGGGCCAGAAUGUGCGGCUGGUAAACGUGACCGUGCAACUGGCCGCCUCGGUGGGCCCAAAAACCUCAAAGGUCACCGAAUAUCAAACGAUGCGCGAGUGCAGCAAGCCGGGUGAACUGUAUUCGAUAGACGUGAACAGCGUCAACGCGGGCAUACCAUAUGCGGACAGUUUCAGUGUGCUCAUACACUUCUGUCUGGCGCGCACUGUGGAUGAUCAUACGAUGUUGUCGGUGCAUGCGCAAAUCAAAUAUAAAAAGUCCAUUUGGGGCGUUGUCAAGGGCUUCAUUGAGAAGAAUACGUGGGCGGGCCUGGAGGAUUUCUUUGGUGCGCAGCUGCAUGCGCUGCAGAGCGAGACCUGCAUACCGCCGGCCAAGGGCAAGGGCAGGCGUCCCAGACGUGGUACCUCCACACAAGCGCGCCCCAUGGAGGAAGCAGCCGGCGGCGCCGCACAGAGUGGCCUGGCCGAAUCGCUAGACAAUUGGGAGACAAAAAUGUUGUCCGCUGGCGGCGUUGGCGCUGGCACCGCGGCUGGCCUACUGGCACAUGGCGCUGCUGGUGGCGGCGGUGGGGCCGGCAGCCGACAGCAGCAGCUGUUGCUGGCCGCGCAGCAGCAGCAGCAACAGUUGCUGGCGGGCGGCCAUCAGCUGGGCCAGGGCCAGGACAGAUUCAGACACAGGAGCCUGUCGCUGUUCGUUAUAUUGUUAAUGUGCUUGCUGCUGGCAUUAAAUGUGAUAUUAUUACUUAAGCUCUGGAAGCUGGAGGAACACAUUGACGUCGAUCUCAGCCGGCGCGCCCGCAUGCCCAGUUUGGCAGCCCUCAAAGAACUACCCAAUACGAAUCAAGAUUGGCUGGAAUUGUUGCGCCAGCAGGAGCUAUCGCAUGAAUCUGAGCUACGCAAAUGGCAUCAGGUGCUCCAAACGGCCAUUGAGCUGCUGAAAAAGACUGAAAAGACUUUGGCUGAAGUCAUGAUACCCUAGGCAGCCCUUUCAGCACAAGAAUCCACAACUCACAAGCCAACCCCCCCCCCCCCUUCCCCUCCCUGCACCCCUCUGCAACAACAACAACAACAACAACAACAAAUAUAAACACAACAAUAGUUAGUUCCUGUUGUUAAUUCCGAACACACAGCCACCAAAAAAUUGAAAUUGAAUUUCGAAAUGUAGUCACAAAACUAGCGAAAAAACUUUGUGUUAUAUUGGUAAGUUUUUUUUCCAAUUUGGCUAUAAGUAGUAAAGCUUUUAGUUGCGCCUUUCAGUUAAUCUAUGUAUUUAUAUAUAAUGAAUUUACAUUUUAUAUUCUAAUUUAAGUCUUAAUUCAUAAAUUUGUUUUACGGGCUGCAUUUAUGUUUAUGUCGUUGUUUUAGGCUUUAGAGCCUUCAAACGAAUUCUCAAAGUAUUUCAAACAAACUUCACUCACACACACACACACACACUCACUCACUCACACACACUCACAUACAUGCCAGCAACAAAGAAGAAAAUUUAUGGGUAAGCGCCUUGAAUUUUUGUUUUAGAAAAUUCACUUCAACAACAACAAUUCAAUGUGAAACAAAAAACAUUUUGCGAGAAAAAAAAAACCCGAAAAUAAAAAUUUAUCUAAAUUUUUUGUAAUUUUGAUAUAAAUUAUACCCCGUUAAGCAAACGAAACUAAAAACAAUGCAAAAAUAUUUGUGCACAAUAUUUUUGUAAAAAAAAAAACAAAAAAAUAAUCUAUGGAAAUCUUUUUCUAAAUUUUACUGCGAUUUUUCCGUUUUUUUCUUUUGUAAGAACUCUUUAACUCGUUUUUGGCGCCCCGUUUUACAGUCGAAGCAGAAAUAACUAAAAAAGAAAAAGAAACUUACAAAACUUGAAUAAAUGCGUAGCAUAAUUGAUAAAAUCGUGUAAAA